GUUACAGCUCCACCAACCACAAUUACAUCCAAAAUGGCUGCAUUCAAAGGUCCUGGUCACACUGAAGUCUAUAACGGAGCAAAUCUCCGCAUCGCCAUCGUCCACGCACGAUGGAAUACCCCGAUAAUCGAGGCUUUGGUCGGAGGUGCAAAGAAAAAGAUGCUCGAGCUGGGGGUCAAGGAAAGCAAUAUCGUUAUUGAAAGCGUACCGGGAAGCUUUGAGUUACCCUUUGCGGUCCGAAGGGUCUAUACAGCAUCGCACGUCCAAGCAGCUUCCGUUUCCUCAGGAGCUUCUGGAAGUGUAACGACCGAUCUUCUGUCCUCGUCCACAGAUUUUGCAAAACUUUCCACCACAACGGGCACAGCGUCGGAUACGACCACCCCCAAGCCCACGUGUGCUAGCGCCCCCGACGCUACCGCAACGGGGCCAUUUGACGCGAUAAUCGCCAUUGGCGCCCUUAUCAAGGGGGAGACGAUGCAUUUUGAAUAUAUUGCCGAUGCGGUUUCGCAUGGGAUUAUGCGUGUCCAGCUUGACGCCGGGGUCCCGGUUGUGUUUGGCCUGUUGACCGUUUUGACGGAGGAGCAAGGACUCGUGAGGGCUGGAAUGGUGGAAGAUAAAAAUGGGAAGCGGCACAACCACGGGGAGGAUUGGGGUAGUGCCGCGGUGGAGUUGGGAAUCAAGAGGAGAGCAUGGGAGGAAGGCAAGAUAGGGUAGAUAAAUACAUGGGGGAUUUUCGCACUGGGUGGCUGGAUGGAAUGAACGGCUCUCUUAGGGCUGAUAUCGAAUCGUUCGGUGGAGACGAUGAGGUCCAUCAAAUGUAGAUUACACAUCGAAUAAACAACAUGCACGGGUAAACG